AUGGACCCAUCCCUAAUCAAGAGGAGGACUAAAGAAGAAGCAAAGCUUGAUAAGAAGACAACAACAAUGAAAUAUCAAUACGAAGGCCAUAAUUUGGCUUCUAAGCUGGAGGAUGAAGUUCAGUGGGUGACUGAUACUGAGAUCGGACACAUAGAAUUUGAAGAUAUUAAGACUCAGCUGCAACGUGAACCUCAUGCCCUAGAAGCCCCAUACAAGAGAAUCAAAAGGUUGGGCUUGGUAGAGGCAAUUGUUUUCCCUCAGGCAAUGCAAUCACCUAAGCUUAUCAUGACCAUUGCAAAAUAUUAUCAACAGGAAAUGAGGCAAUGUGUAGAUGCCAAUGGAAACAUAAUUGUGGAUCUUUCCCCGGAUAUGAUAGGGUAUUACAGGCGAUUCAUAAGGGACUUCAACAAAAUGGCAACACCACUUUAUAGCCUUUUGACUAAAGAUGUAAAAUUUCAUUGGACAGAAGACUGUGAACAAGAAUUCUUAAAUCUGAAAGAAGCUUUAACACAAGCACCUGUGCUCAAAUGUCCUAAUUGGGAAUUUCCAUUCCACAUUCAUAUAGACACAUCUGAUUAUGCAAUAGGAGCCGUUUUGGGCCAAAAGGAGGCAUUAGUUGAACAUGCAAUCUAUUUUAUCAAUAAGAACCUGCAAGGAGCUGAAUUUAAUCACAUAGUUACAGAGAAGAAAUGUUAG